AUGGGUGUGCAGGGCCGGAUGCUGCUGCUCCUGCUGCUGCUGCUGUGCCUGAUGCUGGAGAAGCCUGGAUCGCGCGAGGAAAGCCAGGCUGCAGGUCUCAAGACCACAGACAUCAAUCUCCUCUCAAUGCCCUGUGGCCACCGGUAUGACAUUCGGUCCCGGAUAGUGGGCGGGAUGGAAUCCGUGCGAGGCCGCUGGCCGUGGCAGGCCAGCCUGCGCGUGAAGAAGUCCCACCAGUGCGGAGGGAGCCUGCUCAGCCGCCGAUGGGUGCUCACGGCUGCACACUGCUUUAAGAAUUUCCUUGAUCCAGAAAAGUGGACGGUCCAGCUUGGGCAGCUGACCUCCAGGCCAUCUUUCUGGGACAGGAAGGCCUAUUCCGGACGGUACAGGGUAAAGGACAUCAUCGUGAACUCCAAAGACAAGCUGGAGUUCUAUGACCUCGCCCUGCUGAGGCUGGCCUCCCCGGUCACCUACAACAAGUACAUCCAGCCCGUCUGCGUGCGGCCCACCACCCUCACGUUCCAGAGCCAGCCCAGGUGCUGGGUGACCGGCUGGGGAGUCCUUCGGGAGGAUUUGAAGCCUCUGCCACCACCCUAUCACCUCCGAGAAGUACAGGUCACCAUCCUAAACAACAGCCGGUGCCGGGAACUGUUCAAGAUUCUCUCCCUACAACACCUGAUCACCAAGGACGUGUUCUGUGCCGGCGCUGAGGACGGGAGCGCGGACACGUGCAGCGGUGACUCAGGAGGACCCUUGGUCUGCACCGUGGAUGAUCUCUGGUAUCAGGUUGGAAUCGUGAGCUGGGGCAUCGGCUGCGGGCGGCCCAACCUGCCUGGCAUCUACACCAACGUCAGCCAUCACUACAGCUGGAUCGAGACAGUGAUGAUCCUCAACGGGGCAGUCAGGCGUCUCCCGGCCCAGCCGCUGCUGUUCGCCUCUCUGCUCCAGGCUCCCUGGCUCCUGAGGCCCGCCUGAGCCCAUGAUGCUGCAGCUUGGGCCCAAAGUAGCUUUAUCCUCUGCAGCCCCAGGAUAUCCGGUGUA